CACACGGAAAGUAACGGACAUAAACGAAGAUUGAGCAGCUCAUAAAUAUUCAUGUUAAUAAACAUAGCGUAAACAGUGUGUGGAUAUUUUUGCAGAAAACGCUGUGUUUCAUACAUUAUACAAGAAUGUCAAAUACAGAGCAACCUAUCGAGAACCGGGAAAUUUCUGCUCCAAGAGUUGGAAAAUUUAAUGUGCACGUUCAGGGAGAUUUAAAACACAGACAGUUUGUAAUAUUAACAGUUCAUGAUCUAGGAUGCAAUCAUAAUCAAUGGAACAAUUUUAUGAACCAUUGGUCAAUGCAGGAGAUUACAAAGAGAGCUGCAUUCAUUCACAUUGAUAUCCCUGGACAAGAAGAUGAUGCUAAAGAUCUUCCAGCUGAGUACCCACCAAAGAAAGGUUCAGGAAUAUCUAUAUGUUAUACUUUCCCUACCAUGCAGAGCCUAGGAGAGGAUAUCGUCUGUGUACUUGAUCAGUUAGAUGUCAAGCAAGUAGUAUGUAUUGGAGAAGGGGCUGGGGCUAACAUUGUGGCCAGAUUUGCUAUUGCUCAACCGUCCAGAGUAUUUGGUGUAUGUCUUAUCCAUUGUACUGGGACCACAGCUGGCUUUAUGGAAUCGCUCAAAGACAAGGUGAUAGGAUGGAAACUAGAACAGAUUGGUAUGAACCCUACAGCUGAGACUUAUCUGGUACUUCAUAGAUUUGGAUCGUCAUCGAGUUCGUUUGAGAAAGCAAAGAAUAAAGAUGACUUAAACAAAGUGAUUGCAACAUUCCAGGACUCUCUUAGACACCACAUAAAUCCUCAUAACUUACACAGAUUUGUACAGUCUUUCAUGAAGAGAACUAAUAUUCUAGAUAGUAUUGGAAAGUUAAAAUGUCAGGUGCUAAUGAUCACUGGAACUAAGGCCUCUUUCAACCACACUGUACAUAAUUUAUAUGGUCACAUGUUGCAAAAAGUAGACAAGAAACAGUUGGAGUUACUAGAGGUAGAGGGUGUGGCUAAUGUAAUAGAAGAAAAGACAGAGAAAUUAGGAGAAGCCUUUUUGUAUUUCUGUCAAGGAUUAGGACUAAUUGGAGGUGUACCUAUGACCAGAGUUUCCCGAUCUUCCUCCAUGGAUGGAGCAGAUAUUCCUCUCAGAAAAAGAAGUAUGUCGAUGGAAGAAGCUGACAAACCCCUGGGUAUCUACUCCUCUAGUCCUGCUAGAACUGCAUCAUUAUCUACUAGUCCUAAAAGUGGUAUCCAGAUGUCAACAAGUCCUCCUAGGAUACCUGAAUAAAUUAUUUUGCCUGGUUGUUACAGUAUAGAUGGUUUAGUUCCUAGAACGAUAACAAGUUUAAACUCAGUUGAAAUGACCUCAAGUUUAUAACUAUGCACAAACCGUAUUUUCUACAGAGAAUUUUGUAUAACUUCUUGAAGGUUUGGUUUUAUAUUGUUAUUGGAAGACAGUAAGAAGAGUGAUCUAUGAUUGUAAUAAGCACUUCAGAUAGAUGAAAGUUUAAAAGAGAGGUGAUUUGUUUUGGAUUUGUUUUAGCUCAUUUUCAAUUAAAAAUAUAAUACUAUCAAUUGAUAAUACCAGAAAAAAGACAAUAUAUAAUGUGUGUUUUGUUUUUUUCCCCAGGUAAAUCUUGGGAGGUUAAUUGAAGGAAUAGAAAAUUAGUUUGCCAAUAGUCUACUUAAUAAUUUACAUCCUAUCAAAUACUAGAUGAAGCCACAAAAAAAAAAAGUAAAAAAAAAAAUGUUAAAAAAAAGUUUAUAUGAUUUGUUUUCGGAUAUUGAAAAGAAAAAAAAAUCACUUUAUUUUAUCAAAUAUUUUGAUAAAAUAAAGAUAUAAAAAGAGGACUGAUGUAGUAUAUGUAGUAAGCUUGUUUUAGCAUUCUUUCAUUAUAAUGAAAUUGUUCAAAAAUAUUCAAAAAGCCAACUCAUAUCAUAUCACAUCAACAUUAAAACCAUCACAGGUCAUACCUUACUUUAUGCAAAUAAAAUUUUGAAGAUAUUUAUGAUUAAUUGUAAAUAAAACAUCAGAUUCUUGUGCUAUCAAGGAAACGUAUUACUCAUACAUUAAGUUUUCCAAUCAAACAAAAUGUUUGAAUUCAAACUUUGAAUAUAAUUUCUGAAACAAUCAAAUAUCUUAAGAUAAAAAAAAAUAACUUACAUUUGCAUGAGAUGCUGGUGAAAUAAAUUACUUAGGUUUUUAAAAUUAUCUUACUGACCAUAAAUGACUAUUUUAUCUCAAGUUAAAAGUUUUUUAACUUUUCUGUUGUUGCCAUAUACAUGUGUGUUUUCUUGAUUUUUGUUUUGUUAUAGAAUGUUUUGUUUUGUUUUUUAAGUUUUAAGAUCAUUUGCUAUAGGGCUUGUAUUAAAAAAAACAUUUUGUGAGAAAAAUCUUUGAAUCAAAUAAGAAAUAUAUACCAUGUUAAUUAUCAAUUAAAAGAUGUAUUUAAUAGACUUUUCUCAUCAAGGAUAUAGGGUAGAUAUAUUUUUGUCUUUAUAAUGAAAUGUAUUACUGUCUUUGCCAAGCUUCAGAUAAGUUUUAAUGAAAUCUUGUGUAAUGUACUAACAAUUCUAUACAAAAUGUGCCAUACAAAGUUUUAUUUAUUUUAAUUAAAGUUUAUAUAGGAAGAAAUUAUGUUUAUAUUUUUAUAUUAAUCAAAUAAGUCAGUGUUUUUUUUUUCUAUCAUAAAUUUUUGUUUCUCACACUAACUUGUCAUAUUGGCAGACAGAAACAAAAGUAUGAUUCAGUAAAAAAUGUUUAAACAGAUUCUGUCAAUAGGUUACUGUGUAGAUAUAAAAAACCUAUAAAAAAGAAACUUAAUUGUGAUCACAAAAGUAACUUAAUACAGGAAAAUAUUUUGAAAUUAAAAAUGUUUGAUAAAAUACAAGAAAGAUCUUUAUUAAUUUUUAGGAGUAUAUAAAUUAUAGCAGCACUGUUUGAAUAAAAAUGGUGAUACAAAUACAAUAGUAUUAAUAUGUAUAGUGCUCAUCACAAUAACUAAGCUACCCUAAUUAUACUUUCAUUGUACACAUUCCAUUUUGUAGUAAAACAUUGUGUUAAAGAGAAGGAUUUCAUUUAAACAGAAUUUUUUUUGUUCAAAUAUUUUUUUUAUUUUAGUAAUUUUUUUUAUAGAUGUAGAUGGCAUAAUGAGUAUGUAUUGUUCACAAUAAUGAAUGUUAGUUUUAUGCAAACUGCACUCAUUCUUACUCCAUCCAUAAACUUAAUGUUAAGUACUUCAAAAUAUAAAUCUCAAUUGCAUGAAUCUCUUUACAAAAGGUUGUACUUUUUAAACAUGCAAAUUACCAAGGGAUGGUACUUUGAAUUAUUUAUUUUUAAAUCCAUUGCAGGAAUUUUAACGUUGUCAUGCUUAUUCAUUGCAAUCAGAAUUAUUUUGGUACACACAUAAAUCAUUUCAAGUUUUAUUUAAGUCAAUAUAUAUAAUUAUGAUAAUAUAACAAGUUAAAUUAAACUCCGUGAAGCAUUUAAUCAACACACUCAUGGAAAUAUUUAUAAGUGCCAACUCUGUAAGUUAUAUAUUUUAGAUAAUAAAUUCCUUAAUGAAAUCUCAGAAAUGUUACAUCAGAGAUUUUAUGAUAUUUUUGUGAGUUAGAAUUAAUUUAUCUGAUUCAAUGAAAAAUGAUUUUAAAUGAACAAUUUGGAACCUGAUUUAUAUAUUUCCCCAUAAUACUAUUAAUAUUAAAAGUGGCCAUAAUCACAUAUCUACAGCAUUGAACUUUUAUCUUAAAUCAUUUUAUUUUUAUUAUGUAGCUUUUAUUUCUGCAAUAGUCUAGUUUUGCAAUUAGCAUUUAUGCAAUACCCAUAGUGUUUUAAUUAUACACAAUUUAAGUUGUAUUCUUUAUUAUAUGCAAAAAGAUAUCUUAAUAAUACAGAAAAGGUGCUUUUCAUAAAUAGUUUUCAUAUUUUGAUAAUAGGAUUAGUUAUGUCAUUACAGCUCUAUGGAUGUUCAGUCUACAGACAAGUGUUUUUUCAAUUUAUUAUUUCACUGAGAAAAGUUCAAUGGUAUUUAGUGUCUAGUAAUUUCACUACACCACAAAUUCAUGUAAGUUUUUUUAAUACCAUACAUCUUUUCUUUAAAUAUUUUUCUCAAAAUGUCAACAUUUAAUAUUGUAUUUUGUCUAAGAAAUAAUAGUGGUUGAAAGUUUGUGGUAAGAAUUUAUUAGAUUUUCAAUUGCAAAAAGCAGAGGUAAAAUAAUUAAGGAAAAUGUUUUUUGAAACAUAACAAUGAGUGAACUGUUAAUUGGUCUUUCAAAAACAUAAUUACUUAUUGAUUAGUAAUGGAUUUUUGUGUAGUAUUAUGUGAAAUUGGUAAAAUGCCUAUGUUAAGUUGUGAAGACAUUAUUUUUUGGAAGUUGUCUAGUUUAAAAAUAAUUGCAUUUACAUCUGCUUUAUUCAUAAAAUGCUAUGAUAUUGAAAUAAACGCUUAAAUGCCUUUAAAAAAAACUUUUUAAAAGGUUUGUUGUGAAAAUUAUCCUCUGUUUUUGUUUUGGUUUUGAUAAAUGUGUAAAAAUAGAAAAGAAAUGAAUGAAGUAUCUACUAUAUUUUCAAAUCGUUUCAAUAUUUGCUUGGUUUAUGUGGCUUUGUAGGUUAGAUACCCUUGCUUUAUUUACAUUUAAUUAGAUAAUGAAUUUCAUCUAUAUGUGUGAAUAUAUACAUAAAUACCAUAGGUACAAAAUGCUACUCUGACCAAAGUUAUGUUACAUACUUUUAAAAAGUAAUUAACAUUUUUGUCAAGUUAAUUCUUUUGAAAAUUUACAUUUCUUUUGCUUAACUGACUCUACCAAAACAACACUUAAUGUGUGCACUCAAACAGUUUCACAUUCAGCUUGACAUGUAUUGUUAAUAUUUGUUAGCAAUUCAGGGAGCUUUUGUUAUGCUAGGAUCAAUCCAGUUAUAUUGAGAUUGUUUCAGUAACAUCAUUUAAGCUCUGCUUUCAGUUCAGGGAAAGGGUUUAAAUUCUAUUGAUGAAGAAGGUCUUUUUCUUUAAUUUAUCUUCAUGCAUUUAAGGAGAACAUUCUGUAUAUUAAAAUACAACAGAGUACACAAUACUAAUUAAAAUGAAGAAUUAUUUACAUGGGAACUGUAAACUGUUGUAUUGCAUGUCUACAUAUGAAAAAUAAUAUAUGAUAGAAACAAAAACAAAUUUAGUUCAAAGUAAGCUUUUUUCUGGACUCAUGACUUCAUGUUUACCAGUUGAUUUAUUUAUUGUGGAGGGGGACAUUAAACGGAGUGGUGAUGGGAUUAUAAGCCAUGUUGUAAUGAAAACCUUAUCUGUUCCAUGUUUAUUAUGUUUAUAUCAGUUUGUUUCCAACAUUUUCCAAAUAAAGUUUGUACAAAUUAGAUAA